AUGAAUCGGAUUGUUGCUAACGUUAUAUCUUAUUUUCUUGGAGAGUACAUUGAAGACAUUGAUAAGAGCAAGAUCAGUGUCAGUCUCUGGAACAAAAAUGCUGUUCUCCAGGAUACAUUAAUCAAAAAGAAUGCGUUAAUGCGUCAUCAAGUUCCAUUUGAGAUCACAAGUGGCGUUAUUGGAAUGCUUGAUCUACAAAUAGAGAAACUUGUUAAGUCUUUGCCGAUGAAUAUGAAUUUAACUGAUAUUUAUAUUUUAGGUAAAGUCAGAUCAGACAUUUCGAUAGCGAAAGAAGCAUUAGAAGCUAAUACUGAAAAGUCUGAGCUUGCGCAAUUAUGCGUACAAACAGGGGUUUCAACAGAAGAAGUAAUUAGUUCUUCUGUUGCUGCAAUUCUCGAACAAUUUAGGGCACAAAUCAAAAAUAUUCAUGUCAGAAUUGAAUAUGACAUGGGUGACCAUAUCGUUGCCGCUGGAAUUACAAUACCUUUAAUUGAAGUUUUAACCUCAGACAAUACAACAAAGGAUAUUCUUUACAAGAAAUUGAUUAUUCACGAUUUAUCUAUCUACAUGGAUCCUAAUGCCAAGCCUUUGGAAUUACUUCCUGAAAAUAAGACAAGAGCUGAACGAGUUGCUCAUUUUAAAGGACAAAUGCUUCAAUCUAUGGAAGGACAUCAAUGCUUACUCCAUAAAUUUACAUUCGAAGGCUAUCUUCAACACGCAAUGAGCCCAUCAGUUUCAAUUCAGAACCAAAUUACAAUUAAUACUCCUAAAAUCAACGUUAUUCUCAACGAAUUACAAUACCAUAGCAUUUUGCUCUUUACAAAGCAAUUUAUUGACUUCCAAAGAUUAUUGUAUUAUUCUCCUCUUGGAAGGCCAAUUCAUGUACUGUCAGCUAGUGAGGCAACACCAGCAGUUUCUCGUCAAUGGUGGGACUAUUCUUAUCAAUGCGCCAAAAAGAAAAUUCAUCCUUUCUCAUUUAAACGAGACAGAGCAUUAUUGUUCUUAAAGAACAGAAAGAAGAUGUGCAACCCAUUGAUGGAUUACAUCAAGGCCCAAAGCAAAGACCAAUUCGCAAAAGAUAUCCAAAGAUACGAAUCUGAAUAUGGCUCUCAAGUAUUAAUAGCAUUUAUGAACUACGCCCAACGCCAGCUCAUCAUUAAUAGCAAACCUGCUUCAAUCGGAAUCAGCCAACAAGAUAUCCUUAAAAUGGUCGAAGCAAAACGUCAACAAUACAGCACUCAGAGCCUCACGUUCAACUCAACUAUUGAAGAUUUCACGUUUAAUUUGAUAAAUAAAGAGAAUAAUCAGCUAAUGCAAGUAAAUUUAGUUAAAAUGAACGCUGCUGUUAAUUUGACGGGCUCCACAAUAACGUCAAUGUUCAAGAUGAAGAAAAUGACCAUUGAUUCCGAUCACAACAUCAAGAUAUUCAAGUUGAAACCAUCAAAUUUGGAACAAUGCAUCAGUGGUAACUUAGUUUUAGACAAUUUCAACAAGAAAUUCACUUUGAAUGGCAUUGUUACAUCACCAAUUAUUUACGCAGAUAUUCCUUAUAUCAUGAGAUUGAGUAAUUUCUUUGCAAACAGGAAUUUGAAGGCAAUUACCAAUAUAAGACACGACUUGAAUCCAAAACAAGCUCUUAAACAAAUCAAAAGACAAAUUACUGAGCUUGAAUUCGCAAGUUACAUUGAUGAAAAGAAAGAAUUCAAAAUUGAUUUGCACAUGGAUACACCAACAGUCAUAAUCCCUGCUGAAGAACAAAUAACUAUUGACACAGGUUCUAUUGAUAUUGUUACUGGUCCAUUUAUUAAACCAGAAAGAAAGAAUAUUAUUUCAUUAUACGAUAAAUUCCUUAUUUCUCUCAAAAACUUCACUGUUAAGAUGGGAGAUGAGUUUAUUGUUGAACCUGCAUCAAUGCAUAUUGAUUUAGACAAUUUAUUCGUUCCAUUGAAAACAAUUGUCAACCAAAACAUCAAAAUCAACAUGCAACAGAUCAUGGUUAAACUCAGGAAGAAACAAUACAACAAUAUUCUUAAAUUUGUUGACCAAAUGUCGAAUCUUAUGAAAGAUGAUUCAGAAGAAGAAGAAAUCAAAGAAGAAAAAGAACAAAAACCAAUUACAGAUGCUAUUGCAACAUUCCAGAAACAAGCACAAGCUUUCUCUCAAGACAUUUACCUUGUUUUGUCUUCAAUGUUCGAAGCUUUUAAUUUACAAUUGAUUUCUGAUACAGGAAAAGUAGAAAACAACUUUUCUAUUAACAAUCUUUCAUGCGGACUUCAAAUUAAAGAUGGUGUUUUAGAUCUUGAUGUAAUUUUGAAGUCAUUAUUAUGCAUGGAAGGUGUUUCAAGACCAUUUUGUUCUUUCGGUUCAAAAGAAGAAAAAGCCGUGAGUACGAAAGUCGCAAUUCAUGAGAAUAUCACUGAAUUAACAGUAGAUGUGUUUAGGCCAUUUGUUUUGUUCGACUUGAGUUGGGUUAAUUCAAUAAUGAAGUUCUUUGUCGAUGAAGAACCUUCAAUUGAAAUAAUCAAAGAAAAAGUGGCAGAAAUGAAUCAAAAUCAAAAAGUGACAGAAGUUGCAGAAAUCAAAAUGGUUGAUUCUAUUUUGAAAGCGAAAGUUAACGUGAUUAGUCCGAAUAUCCAGAUACAUUUACCAAUGGUCGAAGAAGACAAAUAUUUCAACGUGGAAUUCGGAAUUUCAAAGAUCGAAUUAGAUGCUGUAAAUCAAGGUAAAAAUGCAACAGUUUUACUUGGAUUUGACAAUUUCUUUACAGCAUUUAAUGACAGGAAAUUGAUCAAAGAUAUCACAGGAAUUGUCAAUAUAUCUGUAAAGGAUCAAUUGACAACAAUCAAAGGAAAUCUUCCUUCUGUAAAGGUCGAACUUUUGAAAGAAGAUUUCAACAAUUUGAUGGAAAUCAUUACUUUCACAACAGCUUACGCCAAUUUAUUUGUCGACACAAAUCCAAGUAAAAUCAAUGAAGAUGUCAAACAAGAAAUGAAGAAAAUGGAUAAAAGCGAAAUGUUCAUUGACUUUGGAUUACCAGGAAUAGACAUCACAUUCUUAGAAGAAGGAGAAGUGAUGUUCGCAAUCAUUUCUAAUGAAAUAUCUUUCAACAUGAGAAAUGAUGACAUUUCUGUUGUUUUAAACAAUCUGUUGAUGAAUGACAAACAAAAAGUGACUGUUGGAAAGUUAAAUCAACUUAAAUUUGAGGAUAACACAAUUUACAUCUUGGGAGAAACUCAUUUCGAUUUGAGCAACAGUGGGUUUGGUUAUUUGUUGCCGAUUUUCGUUAAAGAUCCUGUCCAUUUCUUGAAAUCUCCGCAACAAAAAGAAAAAACUCCUCAAAAAGUGACAGAAGUUUCCAAUGAAAAUUCAACACCAAUUAAACUUGUAACAGAUAAGAUAACUAUUACAGGAUAUCAGAAAGAAGAAAAAGUUUUCGAUGUCCUUGUUCCUAAAAUCAAUGGUUUAAUUGGUGAUGAAAUUAAAUUCGAUGUUGAAAGUGCCAAAAUUACAAAUAAAGAUUUUGGUGAUUUCUUGUUAAUUCAAGAUCCAAUACAAUUCUCGAUGAAAGGGAAUGUUUUGAAUUUCAACAUCGACAAGGUUUUCGUUUUAUUGCAAUACAACUUCUUCAUGUCCAAGUUCGUGAAGACAAUUACAGAUUUAUUGGGAGGAAAUCCUGAAGAACCAGCUGUUUUCACGAUGUUUAGAUACAACGCGAAGAUUUUUGAAAUACAGUUGAAAUUGCUCGGGAAAGAUAAUUUCUCUGUAAACAACAUCGCGUUUAAUAUCAAUGACAUUAAUGUUGCUACAGAAGAAAACUGUGAAAACAUCAAUGUUUCUGUCGCAAAUGUUGAAUCAAACUUUUUGAAAGUUGCUGAUUUUGGUAUUAAAUUGAGAUUUUUGACAGAAAAUAUGCCGCCAAAAGUUUCUAAAUGGUAUCCAGCGAACCUAAGAAAGAAAUAUACAAAACCAGAUACAAAAUACGUUGUCGGUUAUGACAUUCAACUGAAAGUACCAAAUGUAAACUACAAAUUUGACAUUUUAUCAACAAAUUCUCUUUGUUCUGUUAUUGUUUCAUUCCUUCCAACAGAAAUCAUACACGAAGUCUGGGAAUCGAAGCUUAUUGUUGGCGUGCAGUUAGAUCAAACAUCAGUUGAAAUUGAUGACCAGAAAAUCUUAAUGAACAAGUUCAAUUUCACAAUUUCUGAAAAACAGAAAAUGUCAAUUGACCAAAUUAUUUUUGACAAAUUAAUUGUCAGCGGAUUUGACCUCAUUUUAUCACCAUUGUUGAUCCAAAUCAACUUGAAUUCAUUGGAAGGAGUUUGCGAUAUUGAUAAAAUCUUAGGAGUUGCAACCAAAUUCAUGAAUUCUGCUUUCCUUUCAACGAAUUUCUCUACUGUUGAAGAUCCUGAUGAAGAAAAAGUGACACAAUCAUUAGCCUUGAAUUUGUUAUCAUCUAAUUUAUUAGUUAAGGUGUUAAAUGACCAAGAUAAGUAUUUAUUCUUGAAUUCCAAACUCGUUUUCAACCAAACAGAAAGUGGAAUGAACGUAAUUUGCGAUAAAUUAUUUAUUGGUUCUCAAAAUGGAUUAAAUUCACAAUCAAAGAUCUUCAUAAUCCAAAAUUGGAACUUGGGAUUCCAAAUGUCAUUUGAUACUUUAUCUGUUUACACAUCAGAUACAAACAUCAAAUUAUCAAUCGACCAAAUUGCAGCUCUUUACAUUUUAUCUGACAAAAUUAGUCAAAUUUCAAGUUCUGACACUUUACAAAUGUCAGAUAAAUUAUCAAGUAAAGAAGAGGAAGAAAACGAAAAGAAGAGGAGUUUGAAGUAUAUGAAAUUCAGUCUUCCAGACUUUACUUUACAAUUGAAUUACCAAUCAUCACAAGAUCCUACAAAUGAUAUUCCUUUCAUGUUUUUGAAAGUUGGAGGAACAACUUUCGAACUCGAUCAAGAUUACAGAGAACCAACGAAUUUGGUUAUUCCUAUCCAAAGAUUCGACUUAUUCAACAUGAAAUCACAACAAUGGGACAUUUUGUGCAACCCAUUCGAUAUCAUCUUGAAUUUGAUGAACAAGGAAAACAACUUUGAAAUGCAAAUGUCAAUAAAUGACAACAUUGAUUUACAUGUUGAUAAAACAAUGAUCAAAUUGUUCUCACAGUAUUUAAGCGAUAUCCAAGAAAGAUUUGAUAAGAGUGAUAUCUCUUCUGACAUGGAGAAAGGAAUCAUCAUAAAGAACAUGACGAAUUACAAUCUUUCUGUCAACUUUGAAUCAAUUUCUCAACAAAUUAAACCAGAAACAGAAUUUGUUUUGUCAAAUGCAAAUAACUUAUCAAAAGUUCGUUAUAAAAUUGACAAAUUUGAUUCACAAAUGUCAUUAACUGAUUUGGUUUACAGCAGAUUAGUUCUUCCAACUGUUCUUUGUUUCAAUGAAUCAUCGACAAAACACAAAUGCAUUGUUUUCAGUUCACUUCUUGUUUUCGACAACAAAACAAUGUAUAAUUUACCAUUGGCAGCUGAUAAAAAGAUGAUAAAGACAUUGGAACCAAAUACACAGUAUCCAUUAUCAUCAUUAAUUCCUAUUAACUCUACUUUCUACAUCGAGAAUUCUUCUUUCGAGUUGUCUGAUUUGAGAAGAAAGAGUAUGACAUUAACUGUUGGAAAAGGAGUGAAUCAGACCUCAAUAUUAGUUAAACAUGAAGUUGUUCAUGUUAACAGAAUUGUUUUCCACAACACAGGAAAGUUCAUUAACUACACACCAUUUGAUUGUGAUGUUGUUAUUGAAAAUCAUAAAUUAGGAACUGUUAAAAAGAACGAUCAAAUCCCAUUGAAUUUGAAUUCAACAAAAGUCACAAUUUUAGUUGUUCUCCAUUCGAAUGUUGUUGCUACAUUAAACGAGAAGAUUACGAUUAGAACUAACAAUGAUAAGACAUAUUUAGUUCCAUCAAAAGAGAACAAUUUACACAUCAGAGUUACACAUAAUUCCAUUGGACAAACAAUAUUUAAUUUGUUCAUUCCUGUCAUAUUAAGGAACUUGACAAAGACAACAUUCUUUGUCAAGACAAGAGAUUUCGAUAACUUAACAGUUUGGGAAGGAAAAGAUAUUUAUUUGUCAGAUAAAAGUGUCACAGAAUCAGAAAAUUCAUCAAUUCUUUUGAGCCCUUAUUUAUCAAGAGAAAAAGAAAUGACACCAAUAGAAGCAACAUAUUCUGUUGCUCCUUCGAGAUACUACUUGUCAUAUUCCGACAAAUUGUAUUGCCCUCUCAUUUAUUCCGUUUCUAUUUUGAAUGAAUUCACAAAAUUGGCAGUUUUCAAAUCAAAAUAUGUUAUUCAGAAUGAGUUAGAUUAUGAAUUCAGUUUGAGACCGAAAGAAGUUGUUAAACCAUUCCCUGUUUAUAAAGGAGAAACUUGCCAGUUACCUUUCUGCGAUGAAUCAAAUGAAUUCAUCUUCGACAGAGAAAAAACAAAAGGAAUUGUUUUGAAUUUCGAAUUGCCAACAAAUGUCACUUUUAUAACUGAUGAUGGCUUUGUUCAAAUGAUUGUUUCUAUCAAGGAUGGAACGAACUUUGUUAAGUUCAAGAAACCAGAAGGAAAACAACAAGUUACAGUUAGAAAUCUGACAAAUAAAGUUGUCAAAUUAUGUCAACAAAACUUUGAAUUUUCACAACAGAUUGAACCAUUCACGAAAUCAUUCUUUGCAUAUAAUCAACCAUUCAGAAACACAAAGAUCAUGAUAUUGAUUGACCAGAAACUCUGUGAAAUCGAUGAGAACAACGUAACAACAAUAAACGAUGUUCACAUUGUUGUUACAAAGAAUAUGAAGUAUUUAACAAUCAAUAUCUCUUAUGCAGCAAUGAAACUGAAGAAACUUCCAACAUUCUAUUUCGGUUUCGAAUUGAAAUGUCUGCAAAUCGGAUUGAUUUCCGAUUAUAGAGAACUUUUCUUGCUCUCAUUAAAUAACACGAAAUUCGACAUCGUGUCAUCAAAGCAGAAUUUGAUUGCACGUUGUAAAGUCGGCAAUUUACUCCUUGAUGAUUUGCAUCCAUUAGCUGUUUUCGAAACAGUUUUGUCAUCAGAGAAUUUCCUUGAUUUUGAUAUGAUGAUUAUGUAUGAGAAUUCAUCGAUGACAAUCAGCGAAGUUAACAUCAAAUUCGCACCAAUCAAUUUGUAUUUAGAUAACAAUUGUUUAUGUGAUUUAGUUGCACUAAUAAUGAAUGAUUUUGUUCCUAAAAACGAAGAAGAAAAUGAUCCAAAGAAUGACGAGAAACCAAGUGAAGUUACAAAUAUCAUGACUGUUGAGAAGUUCAGAUGCAGUGCAAUCACUGUUAACUUGCAGCACGAAAGCCAGACACAGAGACCAACAAUGUUCAAGUGUCCUUUCUCUCAAAUGACGAUGAUUCCUUCAAUUUCAGAUGCACAUAUUUCAUUGGACGCUUUGUCAGUAAAUGAUUUAGUUCUUACAGGAGAUGCGGUCAUGUCAACAAUUGUCAAUCCUUUGAAGAACCAAGCUUUCAUUCUCGCAUUAAAGUUAUUACUUGGUAUCGAUAUUUUCUUGAAUGUUGGUGCCAUUUCUGAUUCAUUUGUUAAAACAGUAACAAAAGGAAAUCCAGCGUUUUUGAUUGGCGGAACACUUAGAAUUGGCGAGAGCGCAAUAAACACAGUUGGCUCUAUCUUGAGAACAUUCACAGCAGAGUCAGCAAUCAAAGGAACGAAGACACAAAAAGUUGGCCUCAAUGCAAGUGCUUCCAAGACAUUUGUUAAUGGAAUGGAAGCUCUCGGAAGUGGUUUGAUUGAUGGUAUUGCAGGAAUUGUUGUAGAUCCAAUCAGAGGUGCAAAGAAGGGCGGCGCAGGAGGCUUCUUCAAGGGUGUUGCAACAGGAAUCACAGGUAUUGUUGCUAGACCAGUUUUAGGUGUCGCUGAUGCUGGUGCCGGAAUCAUUGGCGCUGCAAGAAAAGCGAUUUCGGAUGAUACAGUUAUAUUAAGAAGACAAAGACUUGCUCGAGCUAUUCUUCAUCGUUCUAUCACUCCUUUCGAUAAAAAACUUAGCGAAGUUCAGUUCCUUGCUCAGACACAUAACCCAGGAAAUGAUACUCACACAGACCAGGCAGAAUUCAUUGUAGAUGCCAAAUACAAGAGAGAAUCAUGUUAUGUUGUAUUAGGACGAAAUUCCAUUUUCAUUGUUGCUGAUAAAAACAUUUCCAGAUGUAUCGAUUACAGCGAAAUUAAGAACGUCGAAUUCACCGGAAACACUGUUAAUUUGAAAUGCUUCUACAACGCUGAUUUCACUAUUAUCGAUACAACUGAUUAUGAAUUGAUCAAACAAUAUCUCAUAACGAAGAUCAAUGCUUACUAA